AUGUGGCAGCAAGUGAAGUUGGCUGAGACCGCGAAUUGGUCAGGAGCUGAAGUUUUCCAGCGUUUUUUGGCGCACCUGAAGUUUGAGAUCCGGUUCCGGACAUUGCUUUACUACCGCUUGAACUCCUGCGAAUGCUGGUUCGAUGGACUUCUAGGAAGUGAUAAUUAUACCGCUUUGUUAUGGAACGAUGAGGAAUACCCACACUACCUAAGGCCCCGACAGGACUUGGAUAUUGUAGGAGUGGUUUGCCUAAGGCUAUCACAGUACAAGGAAGUUUUAAGAGCAUUCAGUAUAAUGCUUGAUCAAAUACGCAGUAUGCCGGUGGUGUUGCAGCUCUGUGAAGAAGACGACCCAAGUCAGGAUCAGAACUCAACUGAGUUAAUAUUCCGUUUAAGUGUGGAGCUACAAAUAUUAAAUGUAUUGCUGCUUUCCUGGAACUUUUUGAGGUCGAGGACAUUCUACGCCUACGAAUUAUUUCCAAAAUUUCAAAUUACAAAACGCAUCUAUGACACGCACCUCACUUUAUUUCCCUAUAAGCUGGGAAACCUUCAAGGACAUCCCAUACAAACCAUGCCAGACAACUCCGAGCCGCAUACCAUAGUGGAAAGGAGCUUAAAUGGGACAUAUAUCAUCUCCGGACCGGUAUGGCAGUUUAUGACGGAAUUUGCGCGACAUGUAAAUGGCAGCCUGCAGUUAUACGGUGAGCCUGUUAUAGGACAGACUCUGAGAUAUGCCCAGGUCCUGGACUUGGUGCGAAACGGUACUAUCGAUAUUGCUGCCAGCCUGAGACCCCACGUUCGCGUCCAGCGCGAUAAUAUUCACGUAUUUAGCUAUCCCUUGUAUGUGGGAGAUUGGUGCACGAUGCUGCCCGUGGAAAGGGUGUUGAGCACCCACGAAGCCCUCACCCGACUGAUGCAAUCACCCUUCACGUGGCUGUACAUGCUGCUGCUCUACGCCGUGCACUGCCUUAUGGCCAGGAGAGGGCACCUCCGGCAUCGUUUGUUUCACCUUAAGAAACUCCUGAUCCAUCUGGCGCUGAUCUGUUUUCUGCAAGCCCAACUUUCGGCCUUCUUUAUCGGUCCUCAGCAGGAUAAUCAUAUAACCAAUAUGCAACAGCUUGAGAAGUCAGGCCUGCACAUUAUGGGCUUCCGAAGGGAGUUUACCGAGUAUCCCAUAGAUAUGAGGAGUAGGUACGCAUCCUCGUUCCUGCUGCAGGAUGUCUUUGCCGACGUAGUGAAGCACAGGAAUAAAUUCAACCUAACCUACGGCUACACAGUGACCUCUGCCAAGUGGCAAUUGUACAGAGAGGCUCAAAGGCACUUUCGGCGACCUCUGUUUCGAUACUCCCAGGAUAUUUGCGUGCAGAAGCUGUCUCUCUUUUCACUGAUUCUUAAGAGUAAUUGUAUGUACCGUUAUCAGCUAAAGGCAUUUAUAAUCCGUUUACAAGAGGGAGGAUUUGUGCACUACUGGUACCGGCGCUCCUUCUAUGUCAUGGUCAAGGCCGGUCGUCUUCACUUCGAGGACUUGAGCACCUCCCACCGGGUCCGGCCGAUUCGGUGGUCGGAAUGGCAGUAUGUCCUGGCAUUAUAUGGAGCAGGACUAUUGGCGUCAUUCGUCGUCGUUGUUAUUGAGCUCACCAUUCAUUAUGUAAAUGUUUGCCUUCGCAACCUGUGA